UUCGGCGCCGGCCAAGUAGGAGAGUCGGCGGAGACCACGAGGUCCUCGUGGACUCGUUCCUCCGUUCAAGGAGCGGGGCAGACGGCAUGUUCCCGCGGAGGCUUGCGGGCGCGGCGGCGGCAGCGGCGCGCGCUGUGCCGCGGAGUUGGGGCCUGCUCGCCCUCCUAGCCAAUCAGUGUAGCUUCGUGACGGGCCUGCGCGUGCGGCGCGCGCAGCAGAUCGCGCUGCUCUACGGCCGCCUCUACUCGGACAGUGCGCGCCGGGUCCUCCUUGGCCGCCUGUGGCGCCGGCUGCGGGGCCGCUCCGGCCAUGCCUCGGCGGUGAUGGCAGCGCUUGCCGGCGUCUUCGUGUGGGACGAGGAGCGUAUCCAAGAAGAGGAGUUGCAGAGAUCCAUUGAUGAAAUGAAACGGUUGGAGGAAAUGUCAGCUAUGUUUCAGAGCCCUGGGGUUGAGCGCCACCCGCCAGAACCAAAAUCCCCAACAGGAGGGAGUGAAGCUGCAGAGGCCAAAGAGCAACCUUGGGAAAUGGUGAUGGAUAAGAAACACUUUAAGCUGUGGCGGCGCCCUAUUACAGGCUCCCAUCUUUACCAGUACAGAGUUUUUGGAACCUACACAGAUGUGACACCCCGGCAGUUCUUCAAUGUUCAGCUGGAUACAGAGUAUAGAAAAAAGUGGGAUGCCCUGGUAAUCAAGCUGGAAGUGAUUGAGAGAGACUCCGUUAGUGGUUCUGAGGUUCUUCACUGGGUAACACAUUUUCCUUAUCCAAUGUACUCACGGGACUAUGUUUAUGUUCGGCGGUACAGUGUGGAUCAGGAAAACAAUGUGAUGGUGUUGGUGUCACGUGCUGUGGAGCACCCUAGUGUGCCAGAGUCCCCAGAAUUCGUAAGGGUCAGAUCAUAUGAAUCCCAAAUGGUUAUCCGUCCUCACAAGUCAUUUGAUGAGGUGAGUUUUAUAUCCUUUAAGAGGUGAUAUGUAGUGGCUUUGGAAUUUUCUCAAGGAAUGCUUUUAUCUGAAAUGGGGAGGGUAUAGGUUGCUGUAGGAUAGUGGUUCUCAGAAUCCACUGGAGCUUGUUACAGUACAGUGCUAGGCUGUGGCCUGAAAAUUUAUGUUUUUAAGAAGUUCCCAGGUGAGGCUGAUGCUGUGGUCUGGAGACUGCACUUUCGGAACCCCUGCCAUAGGCUGAUGGGCCUGGGGCUUCCCCCACAACAAUGUCCUAUUUAUCUGAGACGAGAUAAUAGCCUCUGAUUCAUUAGCCUGUGGUUAGCAUCAUUCUUUAGGAACUGGAGUGAGUACUUUUCCAGUCAUAUUUCACCACAGUGGGAAGAACAUUCAUGUAUAUAAC